GUUUGCAACCGCACAAUGUCUUUUAGGUGUCUUGCUUUCCCGGAAUUCUUAUUUGUACAUAAAUUUUGUAGGUAUGCUAGUGCAAUAGAAAGAAACCCACAUGAUUAUGAUGCACUUUACAAUUGGGCGCUGGUUCUUCAGGAAAGUGCAGAUAACGUUAGUCCAGAUUCUACUAAUCCUUCUAAAGAUGCUUUGCUUGAGGAGGCUUGCAGAAAGUAUGAUGAGGCUACCCGUCUGUGCCCAACACUUCAUGAUGCUUUCUAUAAUUGGGCUAUUGCUAUCUCUGAUCGGGCAAAAAUGCGUGGUCGUACAAAGGAAGCUGAAGAACUAUGGAAGCAGGCUACAAAAAAUUAUGAAAAAGCAGUGUUGCUCAACUGGAACAGUCCCCAGGCACUUAACAACUGGGGACUUGCUCUGCAGGAACUCAGCGCAAUUGUUCCUGCACGGGAAAAGCAAACAAUUGUAAGAUCUGCAAUAAGUAAGUUCCGCGCAGCUAUUCAGUUGCAGUUUGAUUUCCAUCGAGCAAUUUACAAUCUUGGAACCGUAUUGUAUGGAUUGGCUGAGGACACACUAAGAACUGGGGGAUUUGGACACCCCAAAGAAGUUUCACCUAAUGAGUUGUAUAGUCAAUCGGCUAUCUACAUUGCAGCUGCUCAUGCUUUGAAACCAAAUUACAAUGUUUACAGUAGUGCCUUGCGGCUCGUGCGAUCCAUGCUUCCUUUACCAUAUCUUAAAGUUGGAUAUCUUACUGCACCACCAGCGGGAAAACCAAUUGCACCUCAUAGUGAUUGGAAACGAUCGGAGUUUGUUUUGAAUAAUGAAGGGCUUCAACAGGUUAGCAAAAAUGAGCAAAAGCAUGUACCCCAAGGCAUCUCAAGCAGAUCAGUAGAAGCAGCUAUAAAAGUUGCUGUUCCCGAUAUCGUUUCUGUUUCAGCAUGUGGAGAUCUGACUUUACCACCUGGUGCUGGCCUCUGCAUCGAUACAAUUCACGGACCCAUCUAUCUGGUUGCCGAUUCAUGGGAAUCCCUUGAUGGAUGGCUUGAUGCAAUCCGUCUAGUUUACACCAUCUAUGCGCGGGGUAAGAGUGAUGUUCUGGCAGGUAUUGUAACAGGCUGAUUUAAUGUAGUUUUUAUGUAUCUUUUAUUGUAUCAUCAGUUCCGUAUUUUGUUUCGAGUGAUGGAUAAUUUUCCGGUCGAGAAUGACUUGUUCGAAUAAACUCUGUAUAUCAUAAAUUUUUUUGACACGAUCAAAUACAAUUUUUCUCUGCGUAGUCAGAAUAUUUUCAAUAGUGGACCUCGUUGCUCUUUCAA